UUUGCCUUAUUAUUCCCUCCAUUUAUUUCCAUCUCUCACCCACUCACUCACUCCAUCUCACUCUCUCGAUCUCACUCACUACUCUAUCUCCCUCUCUCGAUCUCACUCAUCUAUCUCCCUCUCUCUCUCUCUCUAACGGUGACGGAAAUCACACCACCGGCGACGCAGCUCCGCCACCCCUCCACUGCCGGCGACGCAGCUCCGCCACCCCUCCACUGCCGAGAGCCCCUCCACUGCCGCAGAACCUCCAUCAGAAGGAUUAAGAUGAGCAACACGAUCAACUAAGAUUCUUUCUGCUUCUACUGUAUAUGAAAGAGGUCCAACAAAAAAAAAGUGUAUCGAGUGGUUUGUGUUGAUUGAAGAGUACACAAGUAGCUAACUUUAUCGGAGAAAGGUAUAAUCACUAAAACUUUAAAUUCUUAAUUUAGUGGAGUUUGAAUAUCUUAGAUAUUCAUCCGUAGUGAAGUAGGUUCUGUGAAUAUACAUGUACUGCGGUCGGAUGGGUGGAUAGUUUUAAUAUUGUUUUGUUAGUUUUGUAUUAUUUUCUGUGUUUGUUUUUUGUUUUUUGCAUGUUUAAAAUUUUUGGGAACGUCCAAUUACAGUUGUUAUGCUGUCGAAAUUUCGGUCGAAUUAGGAUAAAUUUCAUUAAAAAUACAUAAAUUUUAGAUAAAAAAUGUAAGAACUUAGUGAAAAUUUAUAUGUGUGGUGAUUAAUAAAUACACAUUCAAACAAAUAAUUUAAUAAAGUUUUUUUUUUCUUUUUUAGAAGUUGCAAAAUGGAUAGAAAUUGGAUGAGUGCGAAUAGAUUAUCAGCAGAGUAUAAGGAAGGUGUUGACUUUUUUUUGGAUUUUUGUCAUAAGCACGCAAAAAAUCCAAAGUUGAUUCUUUGUCCUUGUCUUAAAUGUGGUAACAUGGAGCGUAUGAAUACUAGUAAAAUAAAGGAGCAUUUAUUUAGGAACGGAAUAGACAAGAGUUAUAAGGUUUGGUGUUACCACGGGGAAAAUAUUAGAGUUCAUGGCGAGGAAACAUCUAAGUGUAAGAAGGUUAAGAAUGUUAACUUGGAUUAUCAGGAUGAUCACAUUCCAGAAAUGAUAGGAGAUGCACAAUUUCAAUCAAAUGUCGAUCCAUUGGAAUUUCAAAAUUUUGUAGAGGAUGCUGAGAAACCUAUUUACCCUAAUUGUAAUAGGUUUACUAAAUUGUCUACGCUUGUUAGAUUAUACAAUAUAAAAGCGAAACAUGGGUGGAGUGAUAAAAGUUUUACGGAUUUACUAGCUUUUCUAGUAGAGUUAUUACCUGAAGGUAAUGAGAUGCCUUUGUCUUUCUACGAGGCAAAGAAGACACUGUCUUCCUUAGGUAUGCAAUAUGAAAAGAUACAUGCAUGUCCUAAUGAUUGCAUUCUAUAUCGUAAGAGUUUUGUGGAUGCAAUAUCGUGUCCCACGUGCGGUGAGUCUAGGUGGCAAAAGAAAAAGAAUUCUGAUGAGGUAAAGAUUGGUGUCCCUGCAAAGGUAUUAUGGUACUUACCCCCAAUACCUCGUUUGGUUCGAUUCUUUCGAAAUGUCAAUCAUGCAAAAAAUUUGACCUGGCAUGCCACCGAUAGAAAACUAGAUGGUAAGAUGAGACAUCCAGCUGACUCCCCUGCUUGGAAAACAAUCGAUGCUAGGUGGCCUGAAUUUGCAAAUGAACCUAGGAAUAUCCGUCUUGGUCUUUCUGCAGAUGGAAUUAAUCCACAUACCACCCUUAGUAGUAAGUAUAGUUGUUGGCCAGUUUUGCUUGUGAUGUAUAAUUUACCGCCUUGGUUGGUAAUGAAGAGAAAGUUCACUAUGCUCACAUUGUUGAUAUCUGGCCCUUCACAGCCUGGUAAUAACAUUGAUGUGUAUUUAGCUCCUCUAGUUGAUGAUUUGAGUCAAUUAUGGUAUGAGGGUGUUCCUGCAUACGAUGCCUUUAGGAAUGAAGACUUUAAUCUUAAGGCUAUAUUACUGUGGACCAUAAAUGAUUUUCCAGCUUUUGGAAAUCUUUCUGGAUACAGUGUCAAAGGGUACAAUGCAUGCCCGAUUUGUGAGGAGAGAACAUGUUCUAUGUGGUUAAAACACUCGAAGAAAAUGAGUUAUAUGGGACACCGAAAGUUUUUGCCUACAGGACAUGUAUUUAGGACUUGGAAAAAAGCAUUCGAUGGUAAGCAAGAAUUAGAAAUGCCGCCGUCACCUUUGCAAGGAGAAGAAUUGUUAGAAAAGUUGAAUAAAGUUCAAUUCCACCUUGGAAAGCGAAAAUUGACUUCGAAGAAAAGAAAAGGUCAGCGUGAGAAAAGUGACGUUGCUGCAAGUGAACAUCAGGGGCCAUGGAAAAAGAAGUCAAUAUGGCUUCCAACAAUUGACAUCAAGGAAUUGUGCCAAAUGGGAUUUUUAGGAGCCCAACCUAUUGCAAUCUGGUGCAAGUUUUUGAAGGAACGGUUGCUAGAUGUUAAUGGAUUAAGCAGACUAUAUGCAUUUUUAAAUCCUGGGGCCAUUGCCUCUGAUGCUGGGGAUUAUAAUGCCCGUUCUCGAGCACUGCGCAAACGUAUUCUUGAAAUUGAUAAUCCGGCUAAAUGGAUUAUUGCCCCCUAUAACAAUUAUAAUAUGUAUCAUUGGAUGGUUGUACUUAUCCAACCAAGUACACAUACAGUAGCGUACUUGGAUUCCAACAAUGGAUAUGUACCAGAAGAUUUAAAAUACAUUGUUAACACGUCGCUCAACAUAGUUAAUAAAAGCUUAACUAACCGCAAUGAUCGUCCCAUUGAGUGGAUAACUCCGAUAUGUCCACAACAACCAGACGGGAAGCAAUGUGGAUAUUAUGUCAUGAAAUUUAUUGAGAGUUUCAUGAACGAAGAAGAUCCAAUACGCCGAGUGAGAGAAAUGGGUAAGAGCGAUCCGUACUCAAAUGACGAGAUGAAUAUUUUGCGUGAUCAGUGGAUUGAAUAUGUUCGAGCACAAGCAGUGCGACAAGGGCUUUUACAAUGAUCAAUUUCUAUUUUUGUUUAUACUUUAUCCUAACUAAUUAGUGACAAUAUACAGUAAAAAUUAAUUAAUGUAGGGAAAAUUUUACUAUGUAAAACAGGAUCUGUUUAACUUUCACUAAUGACAAUAUAUAUACUUUAUCCUAA